UCCUCAAGCUUCAGAUACGCCCACCUCCAAGAUUUUUUUAACGCUGCCGUGGAGACGGCCCGUGUCAGUGAUUCAAGAUGUAGUACAGGAGAGAAACCAUUCAGCUGCUCAGUCUGUGAUAAGUCUUUUAAACAGAGGGGACAUUUAAAGGAACAUAUGAAAAUCCAUACAGGAGAGAAACCAUUCAGCUGCUCAGUCUGUAAAAAAUCCUUUCCAACGAGAACAAAUUUCCAUAGACAUUUGAGAAUACACACAGGAGAGAAACCAUUUAGCUGCACAGUCUGUGAGAAAGCUUUUGCCCUGAAAGAACCUUUACAACGACACAUGAGAAUCCACACAGGAGAGAAACUAUUCAGCUGCUCAGUCUGUAAGAAAUCUUUUGCACAGAGAGGAUAUUUAAAGGAACACAUGAUAAUCCACACAGGAGAGAAACGCUUCAGCUGCUCAGUCUGUGACAAAUCUUUUAAACGGAGAGAAAUUUUAAAGGAACAUAUGAAAAUCCAUACAGGAGAGAAGCCAUUCAGCUGCUCAAUCUGUAAGAAAUCCUUUCCAACGAGAGCACAUUUCCAUCGACACAUGAGAAUCCACACAGGAGAGAAACCAUUCAGCUGUUCAGUAUGUGAGAAAGCUUUUGCCCUGAAAGCAACUUUACAACGACACAUGACAAACCACACCGGAGAGAAACCAUUCAGCUGCAGUGUUUGUGAAAAAAGAUUCACACAGAGCUAUCAGCUCAAAAGCCAUAAGUGUGUUGGUCGUCAGUCCUCACAGCUUCAUCAAACUCAGACUGAGGAGAACAGAGAGGCAGAGCCUCCAGCAUUCUGA